GUCCCCAGUGGUACCCUUCCCGUGUUGGCCUGCAACUGGAACGCAAUGGGCCCUAUUUGAAGGAUUCCACCAACAUUCAAAGCCUUGCUGUCUCCUCCAUCAUUACACUGUACUUUACAGACCUGGGUCAGCAGGUCGGUUGGACCACACUUUUUCUAACAGAAUACACCGGGCCUCUUCUAAUAUAUCUGCUCUUUUACAUUCGCCUCUCAACUAUUUAUGAUCAAGUGGAAAGUAUGAAGAACUUCCGCCACCCUGUAGUUCACUUGGCCUGCUUCUGCCAUUGUUUACACUACAUCAGACAUCUUCUGGAGACGUUGUUUGUUCACAAGUUUUCGGGAGGGCAUACUCCUCUGAAAAAUAUGAUAAAGGGCUGUGCCUUUUACUGGGGAUUCACCUCCUGGAUUGCAUACUACAUCAACCAUCCACGAUACACGCCACCAUCAUUUGGCCACAGACAAGUUUCUUUCGCUGCCCUUGCUUUUCUGAUGUGUGAAGCUGGAAAUCACUUUAUCAACGUAGCUUUAGCUCACCAAAACCAUUCAGGAAGUAAAGCCUGUUUUCCAAGUCCAACCUACAACCCCUUCACGUGGCUUUUCCUGCUGGUAUCCUGUCCCAACUAUACGUACGAGGUUGGGUCUUGGAUUAGUUUCACAGUGAUGACACAAACCCUGCCAGUUGGCAUUUUUGCUUUCCUGAUGGUCAUCCAGAUGUCCCUCUGGGCUCAAAAGAAACACAAGCUGUACCUGAAGAGAUUUUAUCCAGAGGUGCGGAGAAAAGCAGCUAUGAUUCCCAUCAUCUUCUAAGCUCCUCACAACAGCUGGAGCCUAAGUGUACAGUUCAAGAGCUAACUCCCAGUAAACGAGCCAUUUCAUUCAGUAACCAGAGUGGAUCAGAGGAAGAACUACUGGAUAUCUUUUUCAGAAAAUUAACAGUUCAAGAUGAAGAGCUUUUAAUUAAGUGAAAAAAAAAAAGUAGCUCUUGAAUUCUUGGUUCCUCCUAAAAGAUAUGAUUUAAUUAGAUUUUCUGUAAUGGAGCUAAUUGGGAAGGGACAAGAAAAUUGCUUAUAUUGAAUGUUAGGCUAGAUAUUUAGCUGGUGUAAAUGGGCACAGAUGCUGUUAAAAUUAACGAAUACAGCUCAUCUGCAUGCAUUCAGGUCUGGUGAUUUUAAGGUUCAGAGUUAGAUGUUGACAAGAGUCUUUGAUUUUUCUGUCAGAAGAUGUUUCACAGGCUUAUUUUUGUUAAACUGCACAGAAACAGCACGUUCUGCCUCAGCUACUCUAAAGCAUCACACCAAAGAAUGACUGCUAUGCUGUUAACACAGUUUCGCGUCGCUUUACAAGGUCUUUGUGUAUUUGUUUAUUUAUUUUUAAUUGAAUCUUACAGCAAACUGUUCCAAUAUCAAUUGGCUUAAACUGAUCACUGCAGAGAGGUCUGGCUUUCUUUUAUUUUCAGGUAGGCACAUCAGCCCCACAAUCCCAGGAGGGGGCUGUUUGUGAGGUGCUUCCCAUCUUGCUACUAAUUUGCAGUACGACCUUGGGUACAUCAUUUAAGUCCAUCCCCAUUUCUCACAUCGAUCAGGUCUGGAACGAGCAGAAGACUUUCUGGACUAACGAGCGUGUUAAGAUC